AUGGGGGGUCCAGUAGCACUCCUGUACCGGUCCCGAGAUGAGCUUGUUCGGCUAAAGCAGGGCUUCUAUUCGGCGAAGGAGGAGGAUAAGCGACGGGCCAUCGACCGAGUGCACGCUCUAAUGAGCCGGGGCCGCAUCCCCCACGCGGUGGAAGCCACUCUGUGGUUGGUCGAAUUGCAGCUACAAGACGUCGAUGGCGCCAACCACGUAGCGCUUAAUAUGGCCUACGCCAUGCUGAUUGUUCGGUUUGUCAACGGGUUGCUUGACCCCUUCCAACAGGGCGCAGUAGCCGUCCCCUUAUACGUAUUGGCACGCAAUAUUGACCUACCCGCCUUAUUCGUCGAGCUUCGUCACCAGGCGACUCACGAGAGCAUUCCUAGCAUCGAGUUGUGUCGCCAAGCAUGUGCGAUGGCGCUAAGCUGGCUUGCGGAACACUACUGGAGCGAGGUUGAGGAAAAUGGCGAGGUGGAGAGUGAGAACGACCACAUGCUGUUGAUCGUUAACCUCGUGAAGAACUACCGGGCGUUAUUCAAAGCGGAUGAAGCGAAUUUCCGGGCGAAACACCUUGGCAAAGUGGCGGAGCUGUUCCGCCUGGUGGACCAGGGGCUGCUUAUCGAGGGUCUCAUAGAGAGAAACUUGUUAGUUAACAAGAAGCAGAAACCCCUUAUAAAGUGCUUUACUCCGUUGUUUCACGACCUCGGGUUUCAGUUCCAGCUCGACUUGUACCAUGCUCUUGUGGUCACCGAUCUCACUGAAGCCAGUGUCGAAUGGCUACUGACGCUAUUCAGCCUAGUUUUGAACACCCCGAAACGGUUUCUCAACACUACUAAACUUAAGAUAUUCACGGGCAUGUGGGCUGCCAUCGAAGCCGCUCACGCCAGAGCUGACCCGGCGGACGUCCCCGUCCAGGAAAAGUUUUUGGCAUUGUUCCGCAACGUGCUUGCUUUAAUCAAUCAGCAUAUGGCCAAAGAGGUCAGUGACAACUUCACCGCUAAUCUCACCGCCACCAUUACCAAAUUGGAUAAGAAGAUCGAGGUGAGAAAGGAGUUUGGCGUGCAGCCGAGUCGGCUGGUAACUCCGACCGUCAAGCGGCCCCGCCUAGAGUCUAAAGUGGUGUUGUUUGAGAAAGUCGACAACUGGCGACCUACGCCAUUUGGAGUGUCCGUAUGA